UCGUCUCCUCCUGUUCUUUCUCCUCUUCUCAAACAUGAAGCAUCACAAAGUUGUCGCUCAGGAACCAUAUGCUCGUUCCAGGGAGAAUCCAUACUUCAGAGGUCUACUCAGAGGUGAGACCAUGAAAGAUCGAGCUCCCACCCAACCAUUUCCAGGAACUCCAGACAGCGGGAAGAUUUUGCGGUCCACAUCAGACAUCACCAACAGAGGACAUAAGAAACUAAUAUUAGAUAUACCAGAAAAGUCCAUGAGCUCACCAUUAUUAGAAGAUUCAGUCUCUGAUAUACUGGAACCUUUUGCGCGGUCUUCACCCAAAACUUUGUCUAAGAUUGCUAAAACAACUUCAUUUUCAUUCCCAAGUAAUCAGUCCGACUCAAGCUUUGACAUUUGUGAUCUGCAUAAUUCACUGAAGGUUUCUAGUCCCAGGAUCUUUGAAUUAACUGCGAAGUAUAAUACUUUUCCUGAUUUGAUGACACCAACAUUUGUAAGAUCAUAUAGCAUGAAUAGAACAAAACCAAACCUGUCAAAGAUUCCUCUUCCUCAAUCUGCAGCUUCUUUCUAUAACGGGUUUUCGCCGCGAGUGGAAAUCGCGGAAUCCUGUGAAAGCAUCAACAGGCUUAAUUUAUAUUUGAUGGCCAGAAAGGAUGACGUUAGUGCAGGUGUCCCUGGAAAAUUUUUACAUGCUGUACUUGGGCAAGAUGUUUCUGAUAUUGGAACUCUUGCAGCGACUAUUUUGUAUGCAUUCUACUUAAGUUUAACAAAUGAAAAUGAAAUGUUCUGCACUGUACCUGUCAUCAACAUGAAGAGAGCAGACCUGAAAUCUCAUGCUGAGAUUAAAUGGCUAUUGGAGUCAUGCCAAAUAGAUCAGACAUCAUUGAUAUUUAUAGAUGAGAUUGAUCUAUCAUAUUAUGAUCUGUUUGGAAGUCUUAAACUAGUUCUAAUAAAUGGCCACAAGCUUCCAACGAAACAAGAGGCACUUAAAGAGGCAGUUGUCGAAAUCUUCAAUUGCAGAAAUGGUGAAACUGUGUAUCCUCGGGUUGAGACUCUCACCGUGGGACAGGAUUGUUCAUGUUGUACUCUAGUUGCUGAAAAGUUUGCAAAAACUUCACCUGAAAUUCUGGCAGGGCAAGCAUUCAGUAGACUUUUGCUAGCCGGAACACUUUUAGAGACCGCGAACCUUACAAACUCUCGUUGUACCUCCAAAGAUCAAUACAUGGCUACAUUAUUAAUCAAUGGCGCCGGUCGUUUUGGCUGCAGUGGUCUUUACCAAAUACUGAGAUACUUAAUGUACGAUGUGUCUGAUCUCAAAGUAUCGGAUAUUUUGCGGAAGGACUUCAAAAAAUGGUCAAGAAUCGGGAAAAUGGACGGUGUCCGUUCGAGAUCAAUGGUUUCAUAA